CACACUACCCCUCUGGUCCGGGUGGCCGAGGCGCUGCGCCGCGACCCUCAGUACCCUGCGAACAUGGCGCUGCGAGCGGCGCGGAACGUGCGGGCUGUGGCCUGCAGCCUGCGCUCGGCUUCGGCGCCCGCCGCGCCCUGCCCGCCGCGGCCCUGGCGGCUGGGGGCGGGCGCCGUCCGGACGCUGCGCACGGGACCCACUCUGCUUUCAGUGCGUAAGUUUACAGAGAAACAUGAAUGGGUAACAACAGAAAAUGGUGUUGGAACAGUGGGAAUCAGCAAUUUUGCGCAGGAAGCUUUGGGAGAUGUUGUUUACUGUAGUCUGCCUGAAGUUGGGACAAAAUUAAACAAACAAGUCCGCGACUCCCGCCUCCCGCGCUCGGCUUUGUGGCGCGGGGCGGUGACGUCACUUCCGCUGCGAAUCCCGCGGGCCCGCCCCCAGCGCGGCCGUAACCCCGGCAACUGCCAGCCGGCAGCCGCCUCCUAG